AUGAAGGGUAUCGCUAGAGUCGCUGCUGCCGCAGCCCUUACAUCCAUGGUCGCUGGUCACGCCAUCUUCGCUGAAUUCGAAGUCAACGGUGUCAGCGCCGGAAAGGAGAAUGGUUUGAGACUACCAACCUACGACGGCCCAAUUGAGGACGUCACCAGCGCAGCUGUUGCCUGCAACGGUGGACCAAAUCCUCUCGUCAAGUUCUCCCCCAACGUCAUCAACGUCCCAGCCGGCGCCGAAAUCACCGCCAGAUAUAUCCACACCCUUGACACCGACUGGCGUACCGGUUUGAUCAUCGAUGCUUCCCACAAGGGACCCAUCAUGGUCUACCUCUCCAAGGUUUCCAACGCCGCUACCGCUCCCAUCCCAUCGUCCGGUUGGUUCAAGAUCCACGAGGAGGGUUACAACUCGGCCACCGGAAAGUGGGCCGUCGACCGUUUGAUCGCUGAUCGCGGUUACAAGUUCACAAUCCCAACUUGUAUCGCUCCAGGAAACUACCUUAUGCGAGUUGAGCUCAUCGCUCUCCACGCUGCUGGAAGCUACCCAGGUGCCCAGCUCUACAUGGAGUGUGCCCAGAUUAACAUCACCGGUGGUGGUUCUUUGAGCCCUGCUACCGUUAACUUCCCCGGUGCUUACGCCGGUACCGACCCUGGUAUCAAGUUCAACCUCUAUACCAGCCCAAUUAACUACACCAUCCCUGGACCCCGUCCAGUUACCUGCGGUGGAACCCAACCAACCACUGCUGCCACCACCGCCAGGACCACCACUACUGGUGCUGCCACCACCCGUACUACUACUCCUGCCACCACCACUUCUCGUGCUGCCACUACAACCAGCGCUAGCACCGGUGGUCAACAAGCCGCUUGGGGACAGUGUGGCGGUAUUGGCUGGACUGGUCCAACUUCGUGUGUCUCCGGAUACACAUGCAAGGAACUCAACGCUUACUACUCCCAGUGCCAGUAA